AUGUCACUUAAUUGGGACAAGCAACAUAACCAUAACAAUGAUUCGGUCUUCGAAAAUCUAUCUGAACUAACUGAUGCAAUAAAAUAUCAACCAGAUGGGCGCCGGAAUAAAGGAGAUAAUCGUGAUCAACGCAAACAAGAGCGUCGAAAACAUGGCAGUGGUUCUCGUGAUGCAAGCUAUUGUGAUCGUAAACGUCGAAGCAGUAGCUCCAGUUCAAGUAGUAGCGAUGAUGAUUCUAAGAAAGAUCGAGAUUGUAAACACUCUCGUGAUCGUAAACGUCGAAGCAGUAGCUCUAGUUCAAGUAGUAGCGAUGAUGAUUCUAAGAAAGAUCGAGAUUCUAAACACUCUCGUGAUCGCCAUCGCCAUAAAAGUGGUUCCAAAGAUCGUCAUCGCCAUGGAAGUGACUCCAAAGAUCGUCAUCACCAUGGAAGUGGCUCCAAGGAUCGACAUCGUCACAGUAGUAGCUCUAGCAGUAGCGAUGAUAGUCAUCAUGGUAAAGGCCACGGCAAAGGUCAUGGUAAACACCAUAAAAAGAAGCAUUCACGUGAUCGCCGAAGGCAUCAUCAUUGUUAA